UGAGUGAGAGAGAGAGAGAGAGAGAGAGAGAGAAGGCAACUUCGUCUUCAAGAAUGGUGGUGGGGGCAGCGGCCGUCCGGCGUCGUGCCCUGACCUUGACGGACGCGGCGGUGGAGAGAAUACGGCACCGCGAACGUCCGUUUCUCAAGCUCCGCGAGAGGGCCUGCGGCUGCAACGGCUUAUUCUAAACCCUCAACUACGCAGGCUUCGGGUACUAGCGAACCUAGGGACACAGAGAUCAUCCACACACAAAUAGCACAUGGAUUCCCACUUUGUUGCACUAGAGUCAAGAUGCAGAAGCCACACACUAUGUCUUACUCACGCAAUUGACAACUAUCUGCCUGUACUACUUGCUGUAAUUCUCUGAAAGGGCCGGCUAUUUGCAAACGAGAAGUUCAAGCUACUCAAAACAGUGAUUUCAACCCUCUCUUUCAUUAUUGCUCUCUCCAUCUGUGAGUGUUGGGCAGUUAAGAGAGUUGUGGUUGACUGGUAUUGUUCUAUCUAUUUGUGGCAUCCCACCACCAAGUUAUCUGCAGGUUGACAAUUGGAGCAUCAGCAAGGAGCACCCAGUUGUUAUUUAGCUUCCAGGAAGACCAGGUUGUAGCAUUGCUGUGGCGAUGUUCCUUGAAAUUGGGCCUUUAACAAUUCCCAAAAAUUAGUCUCUUGCAGGUGGCGAGUAAGGAUGGGACAAGAAUCCUGCUGGAUCGGCUUCUUGACAUUGAAUAGAAGAACCAAGAUAUGGUGAUGGAGGGCAUGGAGGUGCUGAAGAUGCAGAAGAUCAUUCUCGAGAAUGGUGUAUUUCAAGAGAUGCAAGCAGUGAAGGAGUAUGAUAUUGUUAGGUUAACUGAUACUCAAAUGGGGGUAUGGUUGCAGCAGUGGUGCCGAGAAUUUUGAAGAAGGGAGGUGCACUCGCAUCCAUGCAAGUUCUUGCACGCCUUACCAUUAGAAUCAGUGUCGGCAGCGGGUUUGGUGUCGAAGCAGAAGCAAUUCCAAGGGCACAAAUCAUCAAGAACUUGGAAUAGGAAUUCAGAGGAAGAUAAGAGUAGUGGUGUGAAGAUUAAUUCAUCUACCAAGCCUGAACGCCAUCGCAUCAAAAGGGUUGAAGGGAAAAAGGAAGUUUGCCAAGCUUGGUUUUCUAGAAAUUGCGUGCAUGGUGAUGAAGAUUUCCAGUAGUUGCAUGCUUGGUUCUAUGGCAGUGGCUUCUCACUACUUGCAAAACUUAAUGGACAUAGCGACAUUGUCAUGGGCAUCGCACUUCCUUCGAGCUCUGACAAGCUGUACUCCGAAAAUAGGGACAAGACAGUGUGUAUUUGGAACUACCACACAGGGCAAUGUGUUGAUGCGAUGGACAUGUCGAGCAAGGUUUGUUGUUUGAAGAGUGAAGGCCCUUGGCUAUUUUUGGGCUCGAAGAAUGUAGUCAAGGCUUGGGGGAUCGCUAAGGAAGGAGAUCACUUGGAGAUGAUCAACACUUACAAAGAAGAACAUGUCCUUAAGCUUCGGCGCAUUGAAAACACACAAGGCAAGCCCAUCAUGUUGUGCUUGUGUAACGACAACCUUGUUCGCUUGUAUGACUAGCCGUUAGUCGUUAAAAAAGGCCGACUAUUCGCAAAACGAGAAGUUCGAGCUAUCAAACCUGCGGGUACAACAAGACUCUUUAAACAACAACACGAGAAGUUCGUGGCUAAAGAGUCAACAUGAACUUCUCAUUUUGUUGUUUAAAGAGUCCUGUUGUAUCCUUAGUUUCGAUGGCUCAGACUUCUCGUUUUGCGAAUAGUCGGUCUUUCAGCGAAUAAUGGCAAGUCAUACAAGCGAACAGAGUCGUUGUUACACGAGCACAUCAAGAUGGGCUUGCCUUGUGCGUCUUCAAUGCCCUGAAGGUUGAGGAUGCCGUGUUCUUCUUUGUGAGUGUCGAUCAUCUCCAAGUGAUCCCCUUCCUUAGCCGUCCCUCAAGCCUAGACUAAGUGGUAUUAGAUUGCGAUAUUAGGUAGGAGUAGUUUUGAAAGAGUUUUAUCAAGCCCUACAUACAUGGCACUAAACAUUGCAAUUGCAGGAGCCAUUCGCACUGUUUUUUUUCCUUGUACUUUAUUGUUUUUACAAAUUAUCGAAGCAACCAUCUUUUGUUUUUGCUCUUCAUAUUUAUUCUUACCUGUCCUGGAAAACAUUUUUAUUUCCAAUGGGGCUGUAUUACACCAUACUGAAUUGCUACUUGUUGACCAUUUUCUAUUCUUUAUGGAAUCAAGAAGUUUUGAGUGGGCAAUGUGGAUAAAGAGUUUGUGUUUCAUUGAAAUUAAGUUUCCAUGUUUAGUCGACAUGGUUAUAGCAAUUCAAACAACAGUUUUCUAUUUUUCCAAACCACCACAUGUAAAAAAAUUGUCUUUGCAGCAAGCCUUUGAUUUAAUUGGAUACAUACACACACAUAUACCUGGUUAGAUGUUAUGUGGAGUGUUUUAGAUGGCUUACUUGUCUAAUUGAUGAUAUUAGUGGUCUAUUGAGCUUUUUCUUUUUCUUUUCCCUCUUUUUUCAGGGAGAGAAAUUUACAGUUUUCUACUUUUCUCUACAAGUAAAAUAGAGUUCAGUUGAGCAAUAUAUAUAUAUUGACGCAGCGUGUAGCGCGUGUGUGAAAAAAACACACCAAAAUAAAUUCUUGAAAAAACAAACUUCAAUGGCCAAAGCUUGGCUUUGAAGAAGACGCAAAAAUAAAACUGUUUUGUUAAGAAAACCCAAAUAGGUUGCUGAAAUUUGAUUGAGAAAAACUUGAUUACAAACUCUAGAUCCUAGGCAUAUUUAUAGUAUUUAGCUAAUCCAAAUCCAUCUAAUAUUUGUAAACAAAAUCCAACUAGAAUCCUAAUAGAAAUAAAUCCUAAGUAAAAGUUAACUAGAAUCCUAAUAAAAAUAAAACCCUAAUCAAAUAUGAAGUAGAAUUCUAAAUGAAGUAGAAUCCUAAAUCAAGUAGAAACAUAAAGUAGAAUCCUAAAUCAAGUAGAAUUCUAAAUCUUAAGAAGUAUUAAAAUAUUAUUCCGGCGCUACUAUUCCGGUGAUACUGUUCCAGUUUGGUCGAGUCGAACUUGGUCCGAGUCUUGAUUGGUGACCGCAUCAUUCACCUCCACUUGAGAAAAAAUUCGAUCUCGAAUUUUGAUUCGAGUAGGACAAAUUCAUGUUCGGUAAGUACAAAGAGAGAUUAGCCACAUUGAAUGUUUAAAAAUACCCAUAUAAUUAGGCAAAUCUACAACAUAAGCAUUGUCAUUGGUCUUCUUUGGAAUCUUGUAAGGACCAUACUUCUUUGGUUUGAAUUUGUUCUGCUUUCCUGCUGGAAUCCGUUCCUUCUUCAAGAAUAUCAUGAUUUCAUCUCCAACCUCAAAUACUUUGUGCUUUCUAUGCUUGUAAGCUGUCGCCUUGUACUUCUUAUUUGUGCAACUUUUGCUUGGCAUCUUCUUGAACCGCUUGAAUUUUUCUGCUAAGAGAACAUGAGCAAAGACAUUCAUCCCCCUCUUAGCCUUAUCUUCGUUAGCAUGGGUCCAAUCAUCGCCAUGUUUGUUGCCCUCUACCUCCAUUGUAUUAUUACUGUUAGAUUGAGAACAUUGAACAUUCCAUUUUGAGCGCUUUUCUAAUUUGGUAAUCUUAUCACAGGUUCUUCUCCUUUCAUAAGCUUUCUUAAUUUUGACUCCUCAACAGCUUCUGAAUUCAUCUGUAGAUUUUUCUUGUCUGGAGAAGCAUUCUUUGCAAUUGUUUCGAAUAAAGGCUUAUUCCAUGACUACUAGUAGUCUCUCCAUCACUUAAAAUAUUGAUGCUUGAAUCCCUCCUUUGGUGUAAGCACUUGAUCAGCUAUGGUAGCAGCUGUUACAACAUUCUUAGUUUCGAAAUCUAAUUUCAGAUUAAUAUCAAAAGCAGUUGCACUAUCCGAGUUAAUUAGCCUGGGAGAUCCAACACCCCUAUCCACAAAGCGACCCAUGUGACCAUCUUGUUUUUGCAAUCGCAAAGGUGAAUAUGUUCCUAUUGCCUUCGAUUCAACCAUGCCAGAGCUUGAACAAACUGUAGAAGAAUUUGCUACCAUGACAUCCAUCUCCUUUAUAGUCGCAUCCCUAUCAGAAGAAACACCACCAUCCUUGAAUUGUGAAGCAAUGCCUGAGCCCUCGGGACUAGAAAAUACCCUAGUAUGAGUCAAUAACCUUGGAGUUUCUAUCAUGUUAGCAGCAUAAAUCAGACUUGAGUUUGCAAACGUUGAGGUUGCUGGGACAACAUAAUCUUCAAAAUCAAGCUCCAAACUCAUCGAAAAGCCAUUCUUUAGUUUAUUCUCAUCGUUGCCCCAAUGGUUGUGUUGCUGCACAUUCCUCCUAACCCCUUUACCACUAGGAUUGGCUAUCAUACGACCAAGAUCAUCUUCAUCGUCUCUAUCAUCCAUCAUUGGUCUUCUAGGAUUAAUGAGAACAGGAUUAAUGGCUAGUCUUCCCGGUUUAAUGUAGCCGGCUUGAUUCACACCAUUAGUCCAGUUCCGAUUAUCCUUAACUUGUUGUAAAAUGCUCAAUUGGUUGCUGAUUCGCUCCAAUUGCUACUCCAUUGUACGAGUUAUUUCCCGUUGUUCUUCGAUUGCUCUCUAAACCGCGGGCAGCCCCUGAUCACCGUCAAGAGGCUGGUUGUUACCAUUACCUUCAAGAUUGGCCAUCUGAUUGGUUGAUGAACCGCUCUGAUACCACCUGACGCAGCAUGUAGCGCGUGUGUGAAAAAAACACACCAAAAUAAACCCUUGAAAGAACAAACUUCAAUGGUCGAAGCUUAGCUUUCAAGAAAAUGCAAAAACAAGACUGUUUUGCCAAGAAAACCCAAAUAGGUUGCUGAAAUUUGAUUGAGAAAAACUUGAUUACAAACUCUAGAUGCUAAGCAUAUUUAUAGUAUUUGACUAAUCUAAAUCCAUCUAAUAUUUUGUAAACAAAAUUCAACUAGAAUCCUAAUAGAAAUAGAUCCUAAGUAAAAGUUAAUUAGCUAAUCAAACAUGAAGUAGAAUUCUAAAUCAAGUAGAAACAUGAAGUAGAAUCCUAAAUCAAGUAGAAACAUAAAGUAGAAUUCUAAAUCAAGUAAAAUUCUAAAUCUUAAGAAGUAUUAAAAUAUUGUUCUGGCGCUACUAUUCCGGUGAUACAGUUCCGGUUUGGUCGGGUCGAACUUGAGCCGAAUCUUGAUCGGUGAUUGCAUCAUAUAUAUAUAGAGAGAGAGAGAGAGAGUUCAGCUAAACGAAAGGGCAUAUAUAAGCUCCCCCCGUCUCCCCCAAAAUAGAUUAAUGGAAUGUAAGUUCUACUAAUGGGAGGGUUAGCAUGUAUUGCACCCACCUAUGUCUUACUUGAUAAUGAGCCUGGUUUUAGGUUGUGCUGUAUGGGGCUUAUCUGUAUUUGUAGCUCAAUUGAUCUCAAUUACUAUAUGACUGAGUGAACUAUGACUCCACUAAAAAGUGAAGGAUCUGCUAGUUUGCACUUUGGUAUGUUGCGUAAUGGUAGGUGAUACACUUUUCAGGGAUUUUCUGCAAAGCAAUUAGUCCUAUGUACAAAAGGAAGAUCUCUAUUUGAUCCCACAUUAUGUUCAUGAGUUUAGUUUGCUUUGUUAUGACUAAGUGUGGAUUCAAUUGUAAAAGCCUUGACAGAUUAAGCGCUUUCUUUGGGAUUUGAGGUGCUUGAAUUAUUACAUCCUGAUAAUCUAGGGUAAUCAUACGCCUUGUGCUUGUGAAUGGCUUCAAGCUAUACCCUAGAUUUGUGCUGUCUCUUUGGGGAUUGAUAUCUUCAUCAUUACUCCACCCAACUUGCAAAUAUAGAGCUCCUGUGUAUAGGUAUGCCCAUCAGUUGCACAACCUCUUUUUUUGUAUGAACCCACACUAUAGAUUGGUAGAAAUGUGAUGUGCAGUCUCUCCAAAUGUAAGUGGAAGACUUGGAUUUGGGCCUAGGUUGAACCCCAAUGAAGAAACAAAACCUAGUUUUUUUUUUUUUUUAUUAUCCAAUUGACACCAAUGUUUUUGUUUGAUUGGAUACCAACACGAAACAGUACUGGUAGAUCAAUAUUUCAAUGUUUCUAUUUAAACAUAAAAUGAUUUAUGAAAAAUUGCCAAAAUUUUAUGUAACAUUGCGUGAUAUAGGCAUAAGUUAAUUUUAGAGAAAAGAUAAAGAGCCGAAGGAUAUGCCAUAUGUAAAGACAUUUAUCCUCUUUGUUGUAAAAGGUGCAUUCUAUAAACUUUGCAAUUGGUGCAUCUUUUUCUUGCAGUCCUAUUAUUUAUUGAAUCUAGUAUUUUUUAUGAAUAUUUUCUCCAAAUUUAAUCAUUUAAACCUUUUGUUUAUGAUUGUCAAAUCUUCGUGUACCUUUAUCAAUAUUCUUUCUGAAUCUGUAUUUUAGGAACAUCUUGACCAUUUCUCACUGUUGUUAGUGUUUCUUUUCUUUGGUUGCAAGGGAAAAAAGGGGAAAGCCAAGUAACUGGGGACACAACAUGCUGCCACUUGGUGGGGGUCAGCACACUAGCCAUGCAGAACAUCUAGGAAAACCCUUGUUAAGAACCAUCCAAGGCAGCCAUCAGCAAUUUUGUCGCGAUGGAUACACAAAGAGAUGACCAGCAGUGCUUCCAAGGUGUCGACAAGUCAGAAAAACAGAAUGAACAAGCAGAUAAACAAAGAGCUCACCACAGUUCUGAUGUUGGCCAAACUCUGAGGAUACCUCAAUUGAUCCACCGUCACCAUCAUGAAUCAUAUUUCACCAAAAGUAUGACUACAGCAGUAGCUAGAGUUUCAGAAAGGAGGCUGUCACCUCCUCAUUGGCUAUCCAAAGCAGGACCGGUGAACAUUGUUUGUGCCUUUUGGCUUGAGGGGAGGUGCAAUCGCCAUCCAUGCAAGUUUUUGCACGCCUUACCAUCAGAAUUAGUGUCGGCAUUGCCAUCCAAGCAGAAGCAGAAGCAGAAGCAAGGCCACAAAUCAAGAAGUUGGCACAGGAAUCUGGAGGCAGACAAGAGUGGCAACGAGAUUAAUUCAUCUUGUAGCGGAGAAGGUGGUAAGAGACGGGAGGUUUGCCAAUCUUGGCUUUCGGCUGGGAAUUGCUUGCACGGUGAUCAAGACUGCAAGUACUUGCAUUCAUGGUUCUAUGGCAAUGGGUUCUCACUGCUUGGAAAGCUACAAGGACACAGUGAGGCUAUUACAGGUAUUGCCCUUCCUUCUGGCUCCAACAAGCUUUACUCGGGCAGCAAGGACAAAACACUGCGGGUGUGGGACUGCCACACAGGGCAGUGUAUUAAUGUGAUUGACAUGUCGGGUGAAGUUGGGUGUUUGACUAGCGAAGGCCCAUGGGUAUUUGUGGGCUUGGAGAAUGCAGUCAAGGUGUGGAACACUCAGAGACCAUCAUCAGCAUCUGAAGUGUUGACCCUUCCUACUGGACCUGUUCCUAUUGGGCAAGUUCAUGCCAUAGACGCCAUUGACAAUAUGCUUUUUGCAGGCGCAGAGAAUGGCACCAUACUGGCAUGGAAAUUCCGGUCUGAAAUUGAAAUCCCUGAAUCAGCCACAUCUCUCAAGGGCCAUAGUCGUGCUGUUACUUCUCUUAUUAUUGGAGCAGGGAUGCUCUACUCUGGUUCCAUUGACAACACCAUAAGAGUGUGGGACGUGCGUAACUUGCUCUGCGUCCAAAUGCUGGAAGAGCAUGCCGGCGCAGUGAUGUCUGUUCUUUGUUGGGAUCGCUAUAUGUUGUCGGCUUCUCUGGAUGGGACAGUCAAGGCGUGGGGCAUUGCCAAGGAAGGGGAUCUCUUAAAGACGAUCUACUCUCAUCAAGAAGAACAAGGUGUUCUUAAGCUUCGUGGCAUCGAAGAUGCACAAGGUAAACCCAUUUUGUUUUGCUCGUGCAACGAUAACUCUGUCCGCUUAUAUGACUUGCCAUCUUUUGCUGAAAGAGGCCGGCUGUUUGCUAAACAAGAAGUUGGAGCUAUCCACGCCAUGAGCCCAACUGGUCUUUUCUUCACCGGUGAUGCAUCGGGACAAAUAACUGUGUGGAAAUUAGGUUAAAUCAAAGAGUUGGAAGAUGAUGAUGAUGAUGAUGAUAUGCCUUGCAAAGACAAAGAGAAGUUGAUUAGAUUGAGAAAAUUAAAGAUGGAUUGUAUCUUUCGUAUUUGACUCUUUAUAUUAUAGUUUCUGAUUUAGUAACCUCUUGUUCGUAAUAUGAAUAAAGUGCAAAUGAAAGGUUUUUUAAAUUA